AUGUCUUCCCCAAGCAAGCGCCGUGAGAUGGACUUAAUGAAACUGAUGAUGAGUGAUUACAAGGUAGAGAUGAUCAAUGAUGGAAUGCAAGGUUUUUAUGUGCAUUUCCAUGGACCCAGUGACAGUCCAUAUCAUGGCGGUGUAUGGAAAGUAAGAGUCGAGCUUCCAGAUGCUUACCCGUACAAAGCUCCAUCCAUAGGAUUUCUUAAUAAGAUUUAUCACCCGAAUGUUGAUGAGACGUCGGGUUCAAUUUGUUUGGAUGUUAUCAACCAGACAUGGAGCCCCAUGUUCGACCUGGUGAAUGUGUUUGAAGUAUUUAUACCGCAACUUCUCUUGUAUCCAAAUCCAGCUGAUCCACUAAAUAGAGAGGCUGCGGCUCUUAUGAACCGUGAUCAAACUGCUUACGAGCAAAGAGUUAAAGAAUACUGUCAGAGAUAUGCCAAGCCAGAAGAUGUAGGGACAACCUCAGGGGAGAAAUCGAGCGACGAGGAGCUAAGUGAAGACGAGAUUGACUCUAGUGACGAGGCAGUUGCAGGGCCAGUGGAUCCAUAG